ACAUGGAUUGGUUCAUUGUAAACAUGAGUAACAUCAGUUUGGAGAGCGUGCUACCUGGGGAUGAGCCGCGAGAUGAGCGCUUGGCUAAAAUAGAAAUAGCUAUUCUGUCCAUCAUCUUCAUCACUGCAGGAAUCCUAAACUUCGGGCUCUUGUUGGUGCUGUGGAAGCGGAGGAAGCAGCUCUCCAGGAUGCGCGUCUUUGUUUUCCACCUGUGCGUCGCCGACCUGGUGGUCACAUUCUUCCAAGUUUGUCCGCAGCUCAUAUGGGACAUCACGGACAGAUUCGUCGGGCCAGAUAUAUUGUGUCGCGCAGUGAAGUACCUGCAGGUGGUCGGGAUGUUUGCCUCAACUUAUAUGAUCGUAGUGAUGACGAUAGACCGAUAUCAAGCCAUCUGCAACCCCAUGGUGACUUUCCAGAAGCGCAGGGCGCGCUGGAACGGUCCGGUGUGCGCCGCCUGGUUUGUCUCUCUCAUCGGCAGCCUCCCGCAGCUCUUCAUCUUCUCCCGGGUCGAGGUCGCUCCCGGUGUAUACGACUGCUGGGCGCAGUUCAUCAAACCGUGGGGACCGAGAGCCUACGUGACCUGGACGACUCUCGUGAUAUUCGUCCUGCCUAUUCUCAUGGUGAUCGUGUGCCAGGUGCGCAUCUGCCGCACCGUGCGCAUCAACUUUCACAUGAAGACACAGCACGUCGCAGAAGCGGCCAGUAAGUCGCUGUCCUCCAGGGCCAGCAGCGUGGCAGGGGUGUCCAAGGCGAGGGUGAAGACGGUGAAGAUGACCGUGGUCAUCGUGCUCGCUUACAUCAUCUGCUGGGCGCCUUUCUUCACCGCGCAGCUCUGGUCUGUCUGGGACGUUGUGCCGCCCACUCAGACUGCAACCUUCACCAUCUUGAUGCUUCUGGCCAGUCUCAACAGCUGUGCGAACCCCUGCAUUUACUUGCUGUUCAGCGGGAAGCUGCCCAAGUCGCUCAUGGCCCUGAUGUGUGACGGUCAGCCUGAUAUGAAGGAGUCCAUCCAGGAAGACGCCACCAUGGUCAGCUCCCUGUACAUCAGCCUUAAGAGUAUAUCGGACUGCAAAUAAAAGUACUGAAGCCUAGGACGCUUGUCUCACCUCAGGCCAGCCUGGUGAACAUGGUAUAAAAUAUGGAUCCCUUGGAGAAAGACUGACACCCUCUAAUAUCUGUGAGGACGAACAUUAUAACAGAACUACAGCUCGCUGUUGUUAGAGAAAUGAACAAUCUAUGAAAUGCUUUCAUGCUGAAACCACACGAGUCUUAACAGGGACGUUACAGAGAAACAUUAAGUGUGAUACAGUUGCUAUAAAGUCACGUUUAUACUUUUAUUACUGUAGAAUUUCACCAACACUUUAUAUGAAGAUACUUAUAUCGAACAUUAACUAGUUGCUUAUUAGCAUGCAUAUUAGUAGCAUAUUGGCUCUUCAUUAGUCAUUAUAAGGCACUUAUUCUGAUGACUGUAUUCUAUAGGCCAUUAACUAAGAGUCUUGCCUCACCAACCCUCUCCAUUUCUGCUUAUUGAUUGUAUGGAAGUUGUUGCACAUGCAUUAUGAGUUGUUAUAAUUAUAAGGUGUAGUACCACAAGAAUAGUCACUUAAUACAUAUGGUCUAUUCUUCUGUAACAAAACCAAAACCACAAGUGUUAAUAGUGUCAACAUAACUCUAAACUAACUCUUUCUAGUACCAGAUAUAUCCUCCAAAUAUGUUCUAAUGUGAUGCCUUGCUCAUAACUAAUUCACUAGUAUUCUGACACUUAUUAACCCACAUAGGUUCCCCUUCUGAAGUUGCCUCCUCUUAACACUUAGUAAAUCCAUUAUAGCACACAACUUAUACAAUUAACAGACCCUGUGCUUAUGUGAUGGGUUACAAAGCUAUUAAGAUGUUCUGCCUGGUCACUAACAGGGGAACACCGCCUAAAUUAAGAUUCUAAUUUCUAAUAAGUUCUAAUAAUAAGUUAUUUCCAUGGCCUAGGAAGGUUCAGUCAAUAUUUGUGAACAUGAGCAGCUCUCUCAAAGCCAGAAAACAGAGGAGUAAGUCUUGAUGCGAUGUCAUCAAGUAUAAAGUCUGGAGCUGUGAACCCACAAACUGUUCAAAAUGACCUUUAUUCUGUUUUAGUGUUCUCAGUUCCAAUAGACAAAAUAUACCCAUAUACUCACAACAUUCCUCUGGGCGCUCUCAGUGUCAACUACAACAUCUGUCCCAGAUCACUGUGUAUAGAGGGGCUUCAGACUUAAUAUGCUGAUGACAUCACAAACGUGAGUGAUUUUUUUAUUUAUUUAUUCAUUUAUUUAUAAUUCUAUAAUUCUGAAAAUUGGUGUAGUUCCCCUUAAGUAGUUGUAUGCUAUAGUAUAUUUACUAAGUGUGAAUAGAGGAUAACUUUAGAAUAGGGAACCUGUGUGGGUUACAAGUGUGACAGCAGAGGUGAAUUAGUUAUGAGCAAGACCUCACUUUAAGAUGGAGAAUAUAUUUAAAAUAAAAAGACUUAAUUUAGAAUUAAUUGGACACUAUGAACAUUUAUCGUUUUGCCACAUAAGAAUAGACCAUAUUUAUUAAGUGUUAUUCAGGUAGAAUGACUAUCCUUGUGGUACUACCACCUUGUAAGGCCCAUACAGAGCAAAGCAUAUUUAGAUCAUAAUUCAUGAGCAACAACUUCCUUACUUACUAACAGUAAGCAGAAUUAGGAGGUUACUGACGGAAACCUGUCAGUUAAUGGCCUGGUUAAGAACAUUGUCAUACAGAAUUAGGCAUUAAUAAGAGCUUUAUAAUGACUAUUAAUGAGUCAAUGUGCUACUAAUAUGCACGCUAAUAAGCAACUAGUUCAUGCUGAAUAUAUGUAUCUUCAUAUAAAGUGUUGCCAAAUAUCUACAGUAAUCCUUUGACAUUAAAAAACAGCAACUAGCGACUAUAACAACUGUUUUUAGCCGUUAGUUAUAUGGUUCAAGAGAUGACAGUGUUGGUCAGUCACUUUGACCCAGACUGAAAUAUCUAAACGACUGGAUGAUUUUCCAUGAAAUUUUGUACAGACAUGCAUGUUCCCAAGAGGAUGAAUCCCAAAGACAGUCAUGAUUCCUUGACUUUUCCUAUAGUGCUACCAGCAGGUCAAAGUUUUCACUUGUCCAGUGAAAUAUCUCAACAUCCACUUGAUGGAUUGGCAUGAAACAAACAGACAUUCAUGGUUCCCAGAGGAUGAAUCCCACUGACUUUGUUAUUUCCCAGUACCACCAUGAGGUUCACAUUUGUGAUUUCAAAUGAAACUGUCCAUUUCUUUGGUUAAUGACUGAAUACCUGCAAAACCACUAACAUUCCCAUCAGACUCAGGUGUACUUUGUGUUUAGUACUUAUCAGGAAAUGAUGCAAGCAUGCUAACACACUAAACUAAGAUGGUGAACAUGGUGCACAUUGUAUCUGCUUAACAUGUUAGCAUUGUCAAUAUGAGCAUGUAAGUGUGCUGAUGUUAGCAUUUAGCACAAAGCCUUUUUACAUCCUCACAGAGCCGUUAGCACAGCACAACAUGGAUCAGGUUAUUUUAUCAGAAAGACAUAAAUAUUAACAAGAAUCAUGAAACAGACACCAUUUGCAUUAAAGUUGUUAGUAUAUUUCAUUCUGUGUAAUGCUUGUUUGUGUAACAGUUGAACUUGUGAAAUGAUGAGAAAUAAUUCUGUAAUUUUUAAUAAUUCAUCUAUGUGCUGUGUGAUCUUAAAGUGUUUCAUUCAAAUGUCAAUGCGGUUUCUCUUGUUAAAUGUAGCAGUUCACAUGUGUUGUAUGCCCUUUAGGCUAAAUUUAAUUAUUGAGUUUACAUCUGUAUAUAUGAUCAUAUAUGAUAUGUGUUAGUUGUUGGCUAAAAUAGUCAGUUGUCACACAACAGACGAGUCUGUGUUUGUUAAGUAACUUCAAAUAUGCAGCAAGAUGCUCAGUGAUCAAUGUUACAACAUGUUUACAUUCUUCAAAGACCUUUUUCUCUCAGCCCAUGAGGAGUGAUGAUUUCUGAGGUGUUGCCAAAUAA